AUGAAUUUACAAUUUAAUAUUCCAAAUAAUAAUAAUAAUACUCGUCGUACUCAUAUGUCUAUAAAUCGUCCACUUCCACAAACCAUUCCAUCAUAUAUUCAUUUACGUCCACAUAUUAAUAAAAAACCAAAUCUUUAUAAUGCAGGACAACGAAAAAAUUCCCAUCCCUAUCGAAAAUUUCAAACUGGCUCAACAACUACCUUUUCCGGUUAUACCAAUAUAUCCAACUAUAAUCAUAAUACUAUUACUAGUACUAAUAAUAAAAACAAUAAUAAUAGUCAUUAUCAUCAACAUCAACAAAAACAAUAUAAUAAUAAGAAUACUCAUUUAAAAUCUUCAAAUAGUAAAAAAAUACCUUGUCUUAUGUCUGUCGAUCUUAUGUCUGUCGAUCUUUUCCAACAACCACCAAGAAAAAAUCGUCGCAAAAUAGAACAUGCUGAACAAUAUAAAAAACAAACAGUAUUACAUCAACACGAAAUAAUGAAAUAUCAUGAAAAUAAUAAUAAUAAAUUAAAAGGUUUAAUUUUAUCGGAUUCAAUUUGUAAAUACGUGCGACCAGAGGAGGUAAGUGCCGAUAAUAUACAGGUAAAAAUAUCUUUUGAAUCUGGCUGCGAUUGCAGCAGAAUGUUAACAUUUUUAGAAGAACAAAAUAUUGAUCAAAGUAGUAUAUUCCAAGCUGAUUUUGUAAUUUUUUCUCUAUGUACAAAUGAUGUUGCUAAUUUAGGUUCUGAUCUUGCUAUGAAAAAUUGUCGUAUUUUAAUAGAACGUAUACGAAAAUUAUUUCCUCAUUUGAAAUCAAUUGGAUGGCUAGCACUUUCACCACGAUCAAAACCAUCUAAAUUAUUCAAUUCUAUAACUAUUAAUGAGAAAUAUCAAGAAUUUAAUCAAUAUCUUACGAAAUUAUCAAAAGAAAUGAAUUUUGAAAUAAUUAAUGCCAAUCUCCAACACCAACACAUGCAUUACGAUGGUUUACAUCCAUCAAUACAAUCGGGACGUGCUUUGAUCGAAAAAGCAUUUUAUAACUGGUUCGUAAAACAGACAAAACAAGUUUCUAUAACAUCACAUCAUCAUCACUCUACUAUUAUUGCUAAUCAUGAUCAACAUAAUCAGACUACAACGGCUCAUAAUAAUAAUAAUCGUCAUCAUCAUAAUCAUACUACAACUGUUCAUAACAAUAAUAAUCGUCAUCAUCAUAACCAUACCACUACUGAUUAUAAUCAUUAUAAUCAUGCUACUGGUACUACUAAUCGUAAUCAUUAUAAUCAUGCUACUGCUACUACUAAUCAUAAUCAUUAUAAUCUUUCUACUGCUACUGCUACUAAUAUUUAUCAUCAUCAUAAUUCUACUACUACUAAUAAUAAUAAUAAUAUCCGUACUAUGAAUAAUAAGAAUACUCACAAUAAAAACAAUACCAAUCGGUUAAAAAAGAAAGAUACAUUAAAAAAAUGA